AUGGAACGACCGAUUGAAUUUUCCGCGUUCGAAAACACCCUCCGAGCAGCAGUCAGGCAGCGGGCGAUCCGCUACACAGAGGCACAUAGCUUGUCACUUCGGUGGGAAGCAGACGACACGAACGCAAUCCACGAUGCUAUACAUUUUCAAUCUAUCCUUCGGUUAUUCAACCUCCCAGCCGCCGAGGAGCUGGUCCUGAGCUCAAACGACCGCUUUCCGGCUUGGACGGUACAAAGAAAAUUUAGCGAUCUUCUCUCCGGAAUCAGAACCGCCCAAGGACGAACACUUAUUAUCGUACACUAUGCCGGGCACGGGUCCCCGGGCCCCGAUGGGUCCCUAUGGUUUAUCGAACGCCAGGGCGGCCGAAAAAUAAAUGCUGAGCGGUAUUUAUUCUCGGUUGUGGGACCGGAGGUGGAAAACGUCGACAAUUUCGACGCUCUUUUUAUUCUGGACUGCUGUUACGGUUUUAUCGCGUGCAGAGCAGCAGAUUCUAGCCCACGAAUUGUCGAGAUCGUCGCUGCAACAACGGAGGACAACCCACAAGCAUUUGCGCCACCACGUGUCACCGUUACCGCCAAACUAGUUGCGGAAAUAACCAGGAGGCAGAGAGACCGUCACCAGUACGCCGAAAUAGCAGAUAUUGUCGCGACCCUUAGAGCAAAUUCAGCUAUCAAAAAGCCCGGUCAUUGUCUCAAGCUAGGGGCAGCUUCCAUCUGCCUUCCCUUCACUGGUUUAUCCGGCAUUGACCCGAAAACAAUUCAACCAAGCUUGCGAGCGGUGUUUAGCGUUCACAUCACCGACAAUAUGACCCAAGAGAAGGUCAACCAAUUCCUACACUGGGUCCGAACGUUACCUGAAUUCGCAUCCAUAACAUUAGACGGAGUUUAUCCAACGAGUUCAUCUUGCCUAAUCCUGUCAGCUGCAUGGUCGGUGUGGAGCAAACUCCAAGGUAUGGCUGGGUAUCAGUUAAUCGCCGAGGCUCGCGGCUUGAACACUCUUCGGUCAUCCGGCUCGCAGCCUGUUGCAGAGCCUGGUGCGCAAGUACUUAAGGAGAACAUCCCUUUGUCCAGAAAAUGA